AUGGCUGUAUCUAACGCUACAGGUGAUGAUGAUAUUGUGUCUAUCCCGGACAUCGUAGACGAAAUCAGGUUUCUGAACAAGGCAAGCGGGUCGAACACAGAAGUCCCGCGAGUCAGGUUUGAAAACCCCGUGCUGGGCUUGUCAAAUCUUGUAGACAAGAUCGCUGCACCCGAGUUCAAAAAUAGUGCUGCGGUUUCCACUGAACGCGGUAUACCAACGAGCUCUGGAAAGGCCGAGCGUAAAACAGUCGCGCAGGUCCACAGCGCGGGUGUCGCUACGUCUAAACAGUCAGCUGUGAAUGAACCGAGCGCUAUAGACUCUUGUUUGAACUGGAAUCAGGAGCUGUUAGAUUCGUGGGACGCAUGUGUAUUUACCCCGGUUCCCGGAGACGAUCUGCCUUCAAACCAAGAAGCAUUUGGUCGCGAUGCUACUGAUGUUAUAGACAAUAACAGAGACUCGGCGGAGGUGAUACGAACCGGGUUCAAGGCCAUCGAGGACCUUAUUGCUGGUUUUGAAAAGACUUUUGCCAGCGUCACCGAGCGUCUGGACAUUAUAGAGAAGAAUCAGCGUCUUUAUAAUCAAAGUCUUGUGGAAACUUUACAAAAACAUACCAUCACACAUAAAGAAAUCAUAGCAAACCAGAGGCGUCUUAUUGGGGGCAUUCGUCGCGUUGAUCACAAUCAACACCUGACGGCGGAAUUGUUAAAACAGUUUGUACAGUUAGUUAAAAACAAGAAACUCGGAAUACCGCUGCUGGGAAACUGCCGUUCCCGAGGUUGGACACACGAGGGCAGUCAAGCUCCAUCCAGCACAACACACAACGCCGCCUGAAACUGAAGUUCUGGAUCUUCUCCAGUGAAAUAGAUGAGGCCACCUACGGAACGCAUUAAGUUACAUAGGAGCAGCGAUGAGAAUAGAAAUGUAUUUCUAAUGUUAAUUGAAAUUUCAAAGAUUAAGGUAAUGUAUCAUACAUUAUUACAUUCCAACAAUAAUUAUCCUGAACGGGUUAAAAAAGAAGAUUAAUAGUAAUAUCAUGUCAGAUUUCUUACCCAGAAUACCGCUUCUGGGGAAAUUGCCGUUCCGAGGGUGGACACACGAGGGCAGUCAAGCUCCAUCCACCACAAGACACAACGCCGCCUGGAACUGAAGGAAGAUUUGGGCUACUGUACACAGACACAGCUCUUCGGCGUUAUUACUGUGCAUUGUCUAGUUUUCACAUAAGGACAAUACACGGAGCUUUUGCACUGUUCAUCAUCAUCUAA